AUGGCGGAACCCGUGGCAUCGGACGCAAUAGCAACAGACGCAGCUCUUUCUCCGGCUGUAAGCCCGGGUUCGGAGCCUCCAUCCAUGGCGCUCUCUCCUUCUGCAGGCGGCUCCCAGCGGCUUCUUUUCUCCCACGAUUUGGUGUCAGGUCGGUAUCGUGACUUGGUUCGGUUCGGCCUAGUCAGAAUGAUACAAGGCGAGGAGGAGUUUGAUUCAGACUCGGACCUCGACGAUGGCGGAGGUAGAGGCGGUGGAGGUGGAGGAGGUGGCUGUAUCCCCUGUAACUCGGACACCGAGAGCAGUGUUGUGGACAGCCUGGCACCUCUGGGAAGGGGUUUUGUCCGGGUGCAGUGGUACCCAGAAGGAGGGAAACAAGACAUACGGGAAACAAAGGAGAACAGGGGUAAAGGCCUAGAACAUUACCCCACAGCCCCUCUAAUGGAGCUGUGUGGUCCCACUGUCUGGAUCAAUGGACUACCAGCUCUGUCAGACAUGGCUGGUCUGCUGGAGAUGGAGGAGAGAAAUCUGAAACUUGUAGAUCGAUCCAUCGUUAUCCGAGACAUUGUGCGGCGGAUGAAUUCUAACGACAACCAGUGUGGCAUCGUGACCAACAUCGACAUAGAGUGUGCUGUAAAACUAGUGGGUACCAACUGUGUCCUGUACCCCGUCAACAGUAAAGACCUACAUCACAUCUGGUCUUUCAUGUAUGGGGACUACAUAGCCUACGACUUCUGGCUGGGGAAGGUGUACGACCUGACCAACCACAUCAUCCUCAAGCUGUCCAAUGGAGCCAGGUGUUCCAUGAAUGUGGAGGACGGCGCCAAGCUGUACGACGUCUGUCCACACGUCAGCGACUCGGGUCUGUUCUUCGAAGAGGCCUACGGUUUCUACCCAGGCCAGGUGCUGAUUGGGCCGGCCAAAGUCUUCUCCAAUGUCCAGUGGCUCUCCGGGGUCAAGCCCGUACUCCGCAAGAAGAGCAAGUUCAGGGUGGUGGUCGAAGAGGUCCAGGUGGCGGAGCUGAAGGUGACGUGGAUCACCAAGAGUUACUCCCCCAAGGGCACGGACAGCGUCUACCCCCCUCCGUCCACCAUCUCACAGGAGAACCUCUGCAGAGUGAAGCGUCUGGGCUACUACGACCACACCCAGAGGCAGCUGGGGGAGAGGGCCCUGUACGUGUUCCCAGCCAAGGGAGACACCACACACAUCACCUGUGAGUGGCCCGACGGAGCCCCCGGACUCCCAGAGGACCCCGUAGCCAGGAAGUUGAAAAGAAUGUUCAAGAAGGAGUUGUUAGGGAAGAAGACCAGUGAAAAUGCAGACACACAAGGUGCCAACCAGCACUCCACCGACAACACGGACGGUGACCUCAAGCCUGACAACACCCACCCAGACUCCACCGACCACACCGCCCUCCCCCGCCCUCACCACCCCAACAACGGCCCCAACCACGGCCCCAACCACACCCACCAGCCCUCGCCCCUGUGCCCUCCUCCCUCUGACCCAUGGCCCGAGCCCGCGGAGCAGGACGCAGGCGACGAGGCCGGGGCGGAGGACACGGACGACACAUUGUCGCUGACGUCGUCGGCGAGCAGCACUGCGUCGUCGCAGAGCGGCGGUCUGGGGGGCCUGAACAGGAAGAAGAGCAUCCCGCUGUCCAUCCGCAACCUGAAGAGGAAGCACAAGAAAAAGAGGACCAAGUUCUCCCGUGAGUUAAAGCCCGGUGACAGGGUGGCGGUAGAGGUUGUGUCCACCAAGACCUCGGCCGAUGUCCUCUGGAAAGAUGGCCGUAUGGAGACCCUCAUCCGCUCCAAUGACCUCAUCCCCAUCCAGCACCUGGACAACCACGAGUUCUGCCCCGGAGACUUUGUUGUCGACAAACGACCCCAAGCCCCUACGGACCCAGGCGUGUACGGGGUCAUCCAGUCGGGCGACCACAAGGGCAGGACGUGUGCCGUGAAGUGGAUCAAACUCAACGCCUCCAGCGACAACGUGGAGGUCAUAGGAGAAGAGGAGGAUGUUAGUGUGUACGACAUCGCCGACCACCCAGACUUCCACUUCCGUACCACUGAUAUCGUCAUCAGGAUAGGGAACUCUGAGAACGAGCGGAAUACAGAGUGUGAGAACGAUACGUCAGUAGGUCAGGUCUUCAGAGUGGACGUGAGCAGCAAGGUGGAGGUGGUGUGGGCUGACAACUCCAUGACCAUCGUCCUGCCACAGCACCUGUACAACGUGGAGUCUGAGAUCGAGGAGACUGACUAUGACUCUGUGGAGGAGAGCAGCAGUGGCCUGUCCACGGAGGAGUGGGAGGACGAGAGCGACAGCUGGGAGACUGAUAACGGCCUGACUACCAACGAGGACGACCAGCACCCCGCCAACGAGGACACCGCCACCCCAGCCCCCACCGGCCCCAGCCCCUUCAUCACCCCCCCCGAGGAGGGCGGCAAAGCAGGGGCCACCACCCCCACCAAGUCCCCUAACGCCACAGAGGACCAGGAGGGAGCUGGGGCUAUAGCCAGCCCAGGCGCCGUUGCUGGAGGAACCACCCCUGGAGCUGGAGGGGGUGAUGCUGCAGAGAAGCUCCCCGGGAAAGAGGGCACUCCGCGGGGCUUCCGUGAGCUCAAGGAGGCCCUGAAGAUCCUGGAGAGCCUGAAGAACAUGACCGUGGAGCAGCUAUGGACGGGCGGCUCGCCUACCUCGCCCACGUCCGGUGCCGCGCCCUCCGCCAACGGGACUAACGCCAACAUCGCCACUGCCGUCACGCCAGAGAAACCCACCAAGGAGAAGCGCUUCCUGGAUGACAUCAAGAAGCUUCAGGAGAACCUGAGAAAGACCCUAGACAAUGUGGCCAUCGUGGAGGAGGAGCGGAUGGAGGCAGUGGUGGAGGCCGGAGGAAGCAGCGCAGGAGGAGGUGGGAGUGCGGAAGGAGGAGAAAGAGGGGGUGAAGAAAGGCCCCAGGAGGAGGUGGCGAAGACGCCAGGCGCGGCACCAGAGUGGCCCAGUGAUACGCCUGUCCUGUGCCAACAGAGUGGUGGCAAGCCCGGUGUCACCUUCACCAGUGCCAAGGGAGAGGUGUUCUCUGUGCUGGAGUGGUCACCAGACACCCACACCUUUAAGAAGAUGGAGUUCCAGCCGGCCGAGGCCAAGAAGUUUUUCAGCACCGUGAGGAAGGAGAUGGCUCUGCUGGCCACCUCGCUGCCCGACGGCAUCAUGGUCAAAACCUUCGAGGACCGCAUGGACCUGUUCUCGGCUCUGAUCAAAGGGCCCACACGCACCCCUUACGAGGACGGCCUGUUCCUCUUCGACAUCCAGCUGCCAAACAUUUACCCGUCAGUGCCGCCCCUCUUCCGCUACCUGUCACAGUGCAGCGGGCGCCUCAACCCCAACCUCUACGACAACGGCAAGGUCUGCGUCAGCCUGCUGGGCACCUGGAUCGGCAAGGGUACAGAGAGGUGGACCAGCAAGUCUAGCCUGCUGCAAGUGCUCAUCUCCAUCCAAGGCCUGAUCCUGGUCAACGAGCCCUACUACAAUGAGGCAGGUUUCGACAGUGACCGGGGCCUGCAGGAAGGCUAUGAGAACAGUCGCUGCUACAACGAGAUGGCCCUCAUCAAGAUGGUGCAGUCCAUGACCCAGCUGCUGCGGACUCCCAUAGAGGUGUUCCAGCAGGAGAUUCGGCAGCACUUCACCUCCAACGGCUGGCGCCUGGUGCACCGCCUGGAUGCCUGGCUGGAGCUCCACGAGCUAGCCGAGAGGGGCCCUCCACCAAGACCAUCCCGGGACAGGCCUCCCUCAGUGGGUCCUCUAGACGAGACGCUCCCCUUGGAUCUUCUGGCCCACAGCACCCCCAACAAGCACCAGGGAGCUCAGCCGGAACUUGGACUGCGACGGCGCCGUCUCGGCCAGUGA